CUUGUUUCUUUAUUCGAGACGUCACAUUCAGGGGGUUACCCCGAAGAAUAACUUGUUAUUUAAUUCAAAAAGCCAUGGAAAUGGUUCGUACGACUUACAAUUGCGCAUUUUAAUUCUUGAGCUAACUAUAACAAACAGUGACAAUUAUAAAAUAAGUGUAAAAACAACACGAAACAGUGAAAAAUGGCUACAGAAGAAGCUAAACCAAUUACAUUGAAGAAGUUACCUUUAAUACUUAACAGGAAGAUUAUAAUCAGAAAAGGUAUCAAGCCUUUGAGUCAGAAUGUUCGAGUAUUGAAAUCUUUGCAGAAUUCGAUCAAAGAGAUUGUGAUUUAUAAAUCUAAAGACGGUGAUUUCAUGUCGGGGGAAGCCCGUACUAUGACGAUUGUUAAUCGCCUCAACAUGUUGACUAAAGCUUGCCGAACUAUUGCCAGAUGCGAAAGCUAUAUAGGACAGACGUAUGAGAAGACGUCUGACGAAAUAACAAAGUUAAUCGGCCAAAAAAAUUACGAUUUUUUAUUUACUUCCUUGUGUUCUAUUAUCAAUCAAGAGUUGAAGGUUCGUAGCAUAUAUUCCUUGCUGACUGUUGCUAAGAGCACAAAUUUCGCGGCCUGCCAAACGGAAUUUAAUGAUGUGAAUUUUAAUGUGAAUAAAAAAACUCUGGAUGCAAUAUUGCAAACUAAUGAGUCUUGCCUAAAGAGUUCUAUAAGAAAGGGAAGACGAAGACAGAAAUUGGCGCCUGUAGUGGUGAAGGACACACCAAAUGAAGUUAAAAAGCCACGUCGAAUAGUGAUAAAUCCGGAUAAGUUUUCCGAGUUUCAAAAGGAUAACAAUGAAACAGUGUCCUCGCCAGAAGCAAGCAGUCUUCCUGAACUUAGCUCCGUGUUUGACGAAGAUUCGAAUUCAAAUAACAGUGUUGGGCGGUUGUCUUCGUUAUCCAUCAAAACUACAUCAGAUUUAAUGGAUAAUCCAUUAAAUAUUAUAAGUAACGUUGAUCGUCAUACAAGAGAUAUUAAAAGUGAGAGUGGACCGUGUAGUGUUACGGAACCAUCUAGAGGUUUAAACUUUGAAUCUCCAAAAAGUCAUGCGGAUGGACAGUUAGGGCUAAAUUUGAAAGAGAUGUUGCGUCAUGUGCCACCAGAACAACGGAUUAAGCUGCUGCUCCGUCAAGGUUUAACGGAAUGGAAAAAUUGUUUAACGAUGGAUCAAGAGGGGCAUUUCCCUAUCCACGUGGCUGUACUGACGAAUGACGUGGACCUGCUCCGUCGUCAGUGCUUAGCGUUGAAGAUGAGAGAAUCGACGGUAGACCUGCUCGCUGAUGGAAUGACACCGCUGAGAAUGGCCUUGUACCAAGAAAAUCCGGAGUUGACAUCAAUACUCCUGGACGCUGGCGCAGAUCCCUUCGACACUGAUGAUGAAAACCGCUCCCUCUUCCACGUAGCUGCCGAUCUGGACGCUGAACAUCUUCCAGUCUUGCUCAAUCACUGUCGAAUUAAUGUUAGGAAAUUGUUAUUCGAAAAUGAAGAUCUAUGGAAGCCUGGUUUUGAAAGAAAAUCCGAUGAAGAAUUACUGCCGAUUCUAAUGAUGUAUAUCAACAGACAAUAUGACUAUCAAGGUUACACACCACUUAUGUUGGCGAGUAAAUCCGGGCGAUACAACAAUGUUUUAGCGUUAGUUGAAAGCUGUAGGGCUUCGGUAAACAUGUGCGCUCCCAACAGUGGAAAUACAGCGUUAUAUCUCGCUGUCAGCGAAGCGUGUAUGGAUUCUGUAGAGCGAGGAGAUAAAACGAAAAUAGUUGACCAUUAUAAAAGAACUAUAGAAAUAUUAGUUGAGAACGGCGCGGAUCCUACUAUCGUCAAUUUCGCGGGGUCUAACAUAAAUGAACUGUUAACAGAAUUCAGUAUACCUGAACUAUCAAUGUUAAUAGCUAAUAAAUUAACUUCAGUCCGGUAUUUCGACAACGCAUUACCUUAUGGCAGCAAAGGUAGCGAUUUCAUGCUCUUUAAAAACGACAAAGGUGAAGUCAAUAUAAAAGAAUUGAAUGAAAAGAAAACCGUCCAUCCACCCGUUUCGGAAAAUGUGACCGUCAAAAAAUCAGUUGUUUGGACUACAUUCAAUAACGUAUUCUUAAAGGUCGGUACUAAAGCCGAAUUGGCGAAAAUGGAAGAAAAAUUCGCCACUUCCAAUUCCAAUGCAAUCGCUGAAGAAUCUAAAACCGAUGAACCUAUUAUAACGACGGAAGAAACAGGCGGUGAAAAACGAAAAUGCAACGCUGUCGCCCCACUAAUUAUAAAAAGAAUAAAAAAACAGUGAUCCUAAAAUCAUAAUUUUCAAUACGAGAUUAUAUUUAUCUCCUGAAUAUGAAAAGUCAAUAAAAAAAAAGAUGAUGAAGCCAUUGAUUUGACAAGUUAUGGUAUAACAACUUGGCCGUAUCGGAUGAAAUGAUCAAAGAAAUGAGCUAAUGUAAACAGCAGCUCAUGUAGUGUAGAUGUCCAGUCAACAAGGAUGUAGCGAGGUUGACUGUCCAGGCGACACACGUACUUAGGUAUCGUCAUGAGCUAAUGUUCACAUGUAAACAGCAGCUCAUGUAGUGUAGAUGUCCAGUCAACAAGGAUGUAGCGAG